AUGAUCGCUUUACCGACCGAUUCAUCUUCAGAAAUUCUACACCAUAUACACCAUAGUUAUAUGAUCUUAUGUGCAGUCCAGUCAACGUUAAGUAACUUUGGAUAUUUUCUUUGCUCUAAACAGUCAGUCAAUCAAUUAUCAUUGAAUAAGAUAACGUAUACACUAAAAGAAUAUAAAUCUACACAUAUUAUCGAUUCUGGUAUUCAUAUUUGGUGUUUUAGGAUAAAGUUGACCAGUAAUCAAAAUGCAACUUCGAAUAACCUUAAUCUUCAUAAUCCAUAUGGUACUUGUUAAAUCACAAAGUGAAACAGACACAGUGUUAGUUAGCACAGAACCCAUGCAUGAAGACAUUUCGGUAGAAGGUGGUGGUUUAAAACCGCUAACAAUCGUUUUUAUUGUCAUCGGUUGUGUCAUAAUUAUCACGGCUAUUUUAGCCGUCUACUUUAUACGACGAAGAAGACGAACUGGCAGCUUUUCACUUGUUGAUGCUCAGUAUAACUGAAAUGCUACGACGCUUCAAUGUCGCUCUCAUCACCCGCAUCAUCAUGAUCACCAUCAGCUAAUUGACAUUAUUAUUAUUAUUAUUAUUA